AUGCCCAUGGUAACAGCACCCAUGGGCAGUUUUGUGUUCAGCUUACCCUACUCCACAGGCCACAGCACCUCCCUCAGUGAAUUCACUACAAUGGUUGCUAUUGAUGCAAAUAGUUAUCAUUAUCAGAAUGACACUCUCAGGAGCAUAGAGGCCAGGAUGGGUACCCUAACAUCUGAAGUCUCGGAUGUUACUGUGAAAAAUUUGGUGCAUGGGGCCUCAUUGAAUGCCACCUACAAAUUGGCCCAAGAUAGUAUGGAUAGCAACAGUUGUACUCGGAUUCUCUUACAGGAUGUGAGAGGUGACAUAGCAGUUUUAAAGUUGGAAUCCGAGGUGAUGAGAGUUGUACUAAUGGAAAUUUGA